CUUGGCGGCUGUAAUUGGUCGGUAGUGACGACAAUCCUAAAACAUAUUCCCGCCUACAGAGAAGAUCAUGUUUGAAUGAACAACAGUAUUCUGUUCAAGUGGUUGCAUUUGCACUAAAAUACAAAAGUAUUUUACGGGGAUUGUCAAUCAGUGGAAUAUAGUUGGCCAAAAUGGACAUGAAGAAAAGAAUUUAUCUUGAACUGCGGAAUCGUACGCCAUCUGAUGUAAAAGAGUUAGUCCUGGACAACUGCCGUUCAAAUGAAGGCAAACUAGAGGGCCUCACGGAAGAAUUUAAAGAUUUGGAAUUUCUAAGUACAAUUAAUGUUGGGCUGACAUCUGUGGUAAAUUUGCCGAAACUAAGUAAACUGAAAAAGCUUGAACUCAGUGAUAAUAGGAUCUCAGGUGGCCUUGAAGCAUUUGCAGAAAAAUGCCCAAAUCUUACACACCUCAACCUCAGUGGCAACAAAAUCAAAGACCUCAGCACAAUAGAACCCUUGAAAAAACUUGAGACACUCAAAAGCUUAGACUUGUUCAACUGUGAGGUGACAAACCUCAAUGACUACAGAGACAACGUCUUCAAGUUACUACCGCAGUUGACAUAUCUAGAUGGCUAUGACAAGAAUGACAAGGAAGCACCAGACUCUGACGCAGAGGCAUACGAAAAGGGUCUGGAUGAUGAUGAGGACGAGGAUGAGGUAGAGGAGCAUGAUGAAGAGACUGUACCAGGGGAUGAGGACGAGGAGGAAGGAGAGGAGGAUGAAGACGAGGAAGGGGAAGAGGAGGAAGACGACGUUAGUGGAGAGGAGGAAGAGUUAAAUGAUGAUGAGGAUGAUGUAGAAGAGCAACAAGGUCUAAAGAGAAAAAGGGAAUUUGACGAGGAAGGAGAGGGGGAUGAAGAUGACUAAAUAAAUCAAGAGGAUCCAUUGUGACCCGACUGUUUUAACCUUGUAUUUUAAAUCCCCUUGAACUACUUGAUUUGUGUUUGUUUAGUACUGUACUUUUAAAAUUAUUAUUGGGGUUUGUUUUUUACCUUUGAGUCCCCUUUGUUCCACAGUCUACUGUCAUUUACAUGCUACUAGCUGGACAGUGGAGGACAUUUCGUAACGUCAAAUAUCAGGCCUAUAUGUAUCCAAUUGUGUUCUCACUUUUAACAAAUCCUUAAAAAGGUAUUUAACAAUUUAAAUACAACUUGCAUAUUCAGACAAAUUACCUAAAACGUUCUAUAUUGCAUGUCUAAAUAUGUUUGAAAGUUGCCUACUGGAUUUCAUUAUUACUGGUUUUUACAUGUGUUUGUGUGAUUUGUAGGGCUAUUAUCAUGUCUGCUUCAAGCUAACAGCAUGACUGCAACAGGUCCUUUUAAAGCAUAGCAAAUAAUGUCUGCCCUUGUGGAAAUAAUCUUCCUCGGGAAUUGUGUUUUUUGUAAAUAAUGACCAAAUCUAUUGUUUUCUAUUCUCUUUGAUAGACAUUUACACUUUUAGACUGUAUCAAUGUUUUGACCUGCUGUAGGCCUAACUCCAUUAAAAACAUGAUUCUUGUAUAGAUAA